CAAUUUGUUUCACAGAAUGCAUUACAUUGCCCUCUUCGUUGUGCUCACAGCCUCUGUCUUGGCUGACAACCCACCUCAGUACUACUCCUUCUCCCCAGCGGUGGGGUCAGGAAGUGGCAGCGCAUACAGUCUCACUGGAGAGGGACGGAUCACAGCUGUCCGAGUCUGGGAGGCCUACAACAACUACAUCUAUGGCUUCCAGUUCCGCUAUGGCUUCAUCUGGUCCCCUGUUGUUGGCUCCCGAUCUGGCACCCCCCAAGAGAUGGAGUUAUAUGAGGGUGAAACCAUCAUCCAGAUUUCUGGAAAAUAUGCUCACUAUGUGCAGUGGGUAGUGUUCACCACUAACAGAGGUCGCAUGAUGGUUGUGGGCCAACCCACUGGCCAUUCUUUCAACAUGUAUCCUGCCCACAGCGAGGCCGAGCUGCGUUUCAUCAGCGGCAGAGUUCACAGAGCCAUCACCUCCAUUGGAGCCCACUGGGCCGUUGUCAAUCCGGCUGAAAAGAGCACCACCGAGCACUGA